AUGCCUCCCCGCGGAAUAGGCCGUGGUCGUGGCUGUGGUCGUGGUCGCGGUCGUGGCAAGGCCCCGGCAGCGCUAGCUCCUCCUAGUCGUUCGCCCACUCUAUCUAAGGUUAAGAGUGUGAUAUCUAGCUCGGACGAUAAUUCCGAGACUCCUACCUCUAGCACUCCUAGUACCCCCACUCCUAGUGGACCUACUUCUCCUACUAGUCUCCGCCGUGCCCUUACCGGUGGAGCCUUAUACGGGCUGAGUCCUUUUGAGGGUAUCGAGGAGCGAUGCCAGAUAAUGCGCCGAACCAACCAAUACUAG